GAUCCUGGUACCGGAAGCUGAAGUCCGGCGUGCUCCUAGUUUGUAACUCUGGGACCUUCAUCUCACCUGAAACUGUCUGCUGAUUUAAGCACUGGAAUACACUGAUCUAGCAUAGAUUGAAUUGUCCAAAUACAAAGUGUUGUAUCUAAGAUGGCUCAUUUAUUGACAAGUGUACAGAAUAUGUAUGGAGAGCUUAUGUUGAAAGCAGAUCCUAGAGUAGAUGGCUGGUUUAUGAUGUCAACACCAUGGCCAAGCUUGGUUAUAUGUUUGUUAUACCUGGCUAUCGUAAAGCUGGGACCAACCAUCAUGGCCAAUAGAAAACCAAUAGAUCUAAAGAAAGUUUUGUUAGUUUAUAAUCUUGGUAUGGUGGGAUUAUCAACAUAUUGUUUUCUAGAGUUUAACUUUGCUGGGUGGUUAGCAGGAUAUAGUUUGGGAUGCCAGCCUGUGGAUUACUCAAGGUCACCACAAGCAUUAAGGAUGCUUAAUGUUUGCUGGUGGUUUUAUAUUUCAAAGUUCAUUGAACUCCUGGAUACAAUAUUUUUUAUAAUGAGGAAGAAAUUCAACCAAGUAUCUUUCCUCCAUGUCCUUCAUCAUAGUAUAAUGCCUUUUUCAUGGUGGUUUGGAGUUAAAUUUGUUGCAGGAGGAUUUGGUACCUUUCAUAGUAUGUUGAAUUCCUUUAUACAUCUAGUUAUGUAUACAUACUACGGUUUAGCAGCACUUGGUCCACAGUAUCAAAAAUAUCUAUGGUGGAAAAAAUAUAUGACAAGUAUGCAAAUUACACAGUUUAUAUUGGUGACUAUACAUUCAGUACAACUUCUAUUUAUUGACUGUGAUUAUCCUAAGUUUUUUGUUUACUUGAUUGGACUGUAUGCUGUUGUCUUCAUGGUUAUGUUUGCUAACUUCUAUGUACAGACUUACAAGAAAUCUAAACCAAAGUCAAACGGAACAGUCACUAAUGGAACAGUCACUUAUGGAAAUGUUGCUAAUGGAAUUAAACAUAAACAGUCUUAACUACUAAAGAACAGCACCAUAAUUUAUGUACCUUUUUUAUGUUGUUUAUACAUUUUUAUUUAUCAGUAACCGUAUGCAAAUUUAUUUUUGUUGCAAGUAUUACAUUUUGGCACGAAAGCAAGACAUAGUGAUCCUUCAAUAUAUAGAUGGCGUCAACAUUUAAGUGCAGUCUAUGAUUUAUGUAUUUCAAACAUCAAUUACUUUGUCAAGCCUCCUUGGAAUUUAUUGAAACUUGGACAGAAGCUUUUUUAUGAUAAAAAGACGGUUUCAUUUUUUUUUCAUUUUUCUGUGUUCAACUGAUAAAUGGACUCAGUUAUUUCGCAGUUAACAGAAAGAUAUAGUCUAAGGUGAAAGUUUUUCAAACAUCAAUAACUUUGUCAAACUUUCUUAGAAAAUAAUGAAACUUGGACAAAAGAUUUUUUAAUAACCAAAAGAUAGCAUCCAGAAUAAAAUUGUCUUUCAUUUUUCCUUGUUUUUCUGAUAAACGGACUUAGUAUUUUUCACAGUUCAGAUUUUUUUUUUAGACAUCAAAUAACUUUUUCAAACCUUCAUAGAUUUU